AUGGCCGAGGAGGGGCCCAGGGCCACCAGGAAGGGCUCGGGAGUGGCCACCAAUGCCCGGGGCGGGGCCACCGAGUCCAGCAUGCUGCUGCAGGAGCUGCGGGGCAACAUCUCCAAAUCCGUGCAGAGCAAGGUGGAUUCCAUCCUGCAGGACGUGCAGAAGUUCUCGGACAGUGACAAACUCUACCUGUACCUGCAGCUGCCCUCGGGGCCCAGCCUGGGAGAGAAGAGUGGUGGCUCGCUGGAGCUCAGCUCGCUGGCCACGGCCGAGCACAUGCACGCCUGCAGCUGGAUCCGCAACCACCUGGAGGAGCACACGGACACCUGCCUGCCCAAGCAGGACGUCUACGACGCCUACAAGCGUUACUGUGACAACCUCGGCUGCCGCCCGCUCAGCACGGCCAAUUUCGGCAAAAUCAUCCGGGAAAUCUUCCCCAACAUCAAAGCCCGGCGCCUGGGGGGCCGAGGGCAAUCCAAGUACUGCUACGGGGGGAUCCGGAGGAAGACGGUGGUGAGCCUUCCUCCCCUGCCCAGCCUGGACCUGAAAGCCACCGAGAGCUCGGAGCUGGCCGAGCUGGCGCAGUGCCACAGCCGGGAGGUGACAGACGCCGCCUGCGCCCUCACCUGUGACUGGGCUGAGAAGAUCCUCAAGCGCUCCUUCGGCAGCAUCGUGGAGGUGGCGCAGUUCCUGCUGCAGCAGCACCUCAUCAGCUCCCGCGGCGCCCACGCCGAGCUGCUCAUGGCCAUGGUGCUCUCGGCUCGGUUAGCGGCAGUGCCACCGUUCCCCUUGGGGACCGUGUGGGUGGUGGCAGUGGCACUGUGA